UGUGUGUAUUCCCGUGCUCGCAUCGCCAUCUUGUUGCAAUCCUAUUUUUUACGUAUACGAGGAUCUACUUUCCGUUCGACCGGAUUAGAAAUAACCCUUCUGCUUUCAGGAGAAACACAGGGGACGACAAGCUUGGGCCUGCGGGUGUGAACCGUGCACACGGCGCUUCCUAGCGGGACACUACUGUCUACCCCUCCGUCUUUUUCCUCUUUCCGUCCCGGGCCACCGGGUUGCCUGUCGUGGGGGUUUACGCGCAAUGAGCAUCGAUACACUUUUGGAGGCGGCCAGAUACCUGGAAUGGCAAGCCCAGCAACAACAGAUCACACGUGAGGAAGAGCAACGCAAAGAGAAGGAGCUCAUCCACAGGGAAGCGGAGUCGAGGCGUGUGGAAAUUGUGACCUCGACGCCUCAGCCAAUCAGAGUCAACCACGUCACUUGGGGCGAUGAUGCUCACCGUCACCCACACCACCCUCCUGCCGCUCCGCCCCCCUCUCUCCCACCUCCUCAAGUCCCCAUUGCUGUCAUCCCAAUGGUCCCAGUUGUCACUGCCACACCCUCGGUCCCACCCCUUCCACUUCCAACACCAAUUGCUGCGGCGGCGACGUCACUCAACAGCUCCCCGCCGGCCAAGAAUGCUUCCUCACCUCCGCAGCCGCAGGCCUCUCGUCACCUGUUGUGCGCCCCCCAGAUGAAAGUAGAGACUAGUCAGCAGUUGAUUGGUGCAAAGCCCAGCCAACCACAGCCUCAGGUUCAGAUUCAGUACCCAACCUCCAUCAGCACUAAUGGUUCUGGCUCUCAACAUGCACUGGCUCCCCAUCAAGCUCCACCCGCACCUCAGCCCCGGCCGAAUGGAGUGGCGAUGGAGGAAAUGAGGGGGAUGGAGGGGAAGAGGAGACCAGGAGGAGCGGGGACCAGAGAGGUGCAUAAUAAACUGGAGAAGAACAGGCGAGCACACCUCAAAGAGUGUUUUGAGACGCUGAAGAAGAACGUUCCGAAUGUUGACGAGAAGAAAACCUCCAACCUCAGCGUUCUCCGCAGCGCUUUGCGUUACAUACAGACUCUGAAGCGUAAGGAGAAGGAGUACGAGCAUGAGAUGGAGCGCUUGGCCAGAGAGAAGAUCGCCACACAGCAGCGGCUGGCCGAGCUGAAGAACGAGCUCAGCCAAUGCAUGGACGUCAUGGAGAUCGACAGAGUCCUCCGACAGACGAUCCAGCCAGAAGAUGACCAGGCCUCCACAUCCACCGCCUCAGAAGGAGAAGACAACUUCGAGCAGGACAUGGACGAGGAUGUCCCUGCUCCUCCUGCUCCCACAUCCCUCCCCAAAACAACACCUCCCAUCUUACAAGCCCAGCCACUGCUCACCCCUCACCUGUCAAUCCAGCACACCACCCUGCCUCUCUCUGGAGUGCUGACCACACCCUCCCCCUCUGGUCCCGCUCCCCCUCAAGCCAUCGCCCCUGCUCCAGCCCCAGGUCCACCCCCUCCAGCGCCAGCUCAUCCCAUUCAGCCCCCAGCUGUGCAGGUCCAGCCCACCGUCAUCGCUCAUGCCGCCGUCUCCCACCCUUCAGUCAUCCAAGCAGUCAACCAUGCCCUGCCAGCCAAUCACAAGCACCUAACACACAUUGCCCCAUCACCUGGCCCCACUUCCUCUACCCCUCAGCCAAUCACAGCGGCUCCAGCUGGCACUGCCACUCACCAGCCAAUAGCCGCCCAGUCCAUUGGACACAUCACCGUCCACCCAGUGGCUCACCUAGGAGCUCCCUUGGGAGCUCCCCUGCCACCCCACCUCCAGACUCUUUACCCCCAGGGCGUGUCUGUCUCCCAGCCCACCAUGGUGGGCCACAUCACUCACACCUUCACCCAUCACACCCUGCCCCACGUCCAAGCUAAUCCUCAAGCUAACACUAAUGGAGCCCAGGUGAACAGCGCAGCCAUGGUGAGCCAGGGGAGCCCGUCGCUAGGGAAACCCACAGCAGUGCUGGCCCCCCACCCGCAGCUGGUUGGACAGGCUGCCGUCCUGAACCCUGUCACCAUGGUUACAGUCCCAACCUUUCCUGUCAGCACACUCAAACUGGCCUGAAAGAGUUAAAAAAAAAAAAAAAGAAAGAAGGAAAAACAAAAACAAUAUGGGAUGGACUCAAGGAGAGAAAGA